AUGGAAUCCCAGACCCUGUUUCAACUCCAUCAUCAAAUUCAAUCAAUCACCACUCGCCAUCUCCGAAUCCACACUAGACCUUCACCUUCACCUUCACCUUCACACUAUUCCUGGUCUGCUCUGUCUUUUCAAAAUGGAAUUCCUUUCACAGGUUUAUCGGCGAGGUUGGGAUUGCCGGAAUCUGUAGCUCCGGUGACAUCGUCGAAGGGAAAAGUAGAAGCAGGAGUUGAGGAAGAAGAAGCGGAAAUGAACGCAGAGGAAUGGAAGAAGUUAGGAUAUGAGGUUUAUGAGGAAGUGAGAGGCGAUAAGAGGUGUGGAGAGAGGAAAGGAAUAGUGGAGGUGAUUGAAUGCUUGGAAGAUGAGGCAAUCCUUGGAAGCGACCAGGGGAGAGAGCCCACAGAUUACAAUCGGAGGGCUCGUAUCUUCGAAAAGAGCUCUCGCGUCUUCCAGGCUCUCAAGCAACGCAGUGAAGCUAUCAGUCCCUAA